CUCCCGCCUCUUCAAGACGUGCGUAGUUUUUUUUUUUGUCUGGCUCCCUUUGGGUUGUCUUCAAGUAAAUUUGACUCACAACCGAGAAAUUAACUUCAAUUUAAAGAUUAAACACCAUGAAUAGCUUAAUAAGAUAUACUGCUCGGUGUAUGCGGUCCGGGGCGGCGUACUCCCUACCGGGACACGCCGAAGGACGCGUGUGGACGGCGUCAAGCCGGCUUCUGUGCACGGCGGCGGGCCUCCAUAAAGACCUUGAUGGGGUGGUGAAGAAGGACAAGGUGGUUGUCUUCAUGAAGGGGACACCGGCGCAGCCCAUGUGUGGCUUCAGCAACGCCGUGGUCCAAAUCCUCCGGAUGCACGGCGUGGACGACUACGCUGCGUACAACGUCUUAGCAGACGAGGACCUCCGGGAAGGAGUCAAAGCCUUCUCCAAUUGGCCGACGAUUCCUCAGGUGUACUUCAACGGCGAGUUCGUGGGAGGCUGCGACAUCCUCCUUCAGAUGCACCAGAAUGGCGAUCUAGUGGAGGAGUUGAAGAAGCUGGGCAUCCAGUCUGCACUACUAGACGCAGAAAAAGACUCAAAGUAGACAAACUUUUAAAAGUUCUGACGAAACAGAGGACGUAUUUACCGGGUUGAAUAUCACAUCGCACUCUCCAGGCAAAAUUGAAUCACCCUUCUGACUGACAAGGUGUGACGAAGCAUGGAUGGUAUGAGCAGAUCAGGUGGCAGAACACUUUAAGUUUAACCUCACUACUUUGUUGCCGUUAUGCAUCAUAUAAGCAGAAAUGUUACUAUUAAAUAUCAGUACAUAAGUACAACAAAUACAUUUCACUGUCAUUUAUCAGUCAUACUACUCAAAAGCUGCCAGUCUUGUACCAUGUCGCUGUCUCUUUACGACCAAAAUGACUCCUCCGGUUGACUUGUCCCUGCAUAAGUUUGACCAGGGAGUGAUGUCAGCGCACGAGAAUUGAGCAAAGAAGGGGCAAUUCUGUCUUGAAUUAUGUUAUUGAAUAAAGUGGAUACUGCUAAACAGGCACUCCAUGGAAGCCACAAGUGUCUUAAAUGCACACCCUCUGUUUUAAAGUGAAGACCCGCUGAAACGCAACAAAUAUCCCGCAUCUAUCAAUCACUGUAGCUUCAUUUUUUGCUUUUUAUGCUCAUUUGUGGUGGACUGCUACACCUGGGCUGCCAGAGAACAAGACGGCGCAGGAGGGAUGGACACUGAAUUGCAAGAUAGUGUACAUUUAUGUCAUAAUCAGAUGUAUUUUAGCAAAACUGUGUGACAAUAAAAAUAUUUUAUGACUCAAUUUGAGUGAUGUGGCACACGCGAGACAUCCGACCACAGCUUAUCAUCACAAAGUGGAGUCUUUAAUCAUACAAAAUACUAUUUUACAAA